AUGUCGCUUCCGCAACGACCAACCAACGCUCCAUCCUCGCGACGCGAAGAUAGUCAGCCCGGAUUUAGAGAAUCGUCUCGACGCCGCCGCCGCGAUAUCGAAUCCGGCACAUUCACCGAGGUUCCCCCAUCACCAUACACCCCUACAUCCCCUCGACGGUCUCAUGGCAGACAUGUCUCUCAUUCCUCCUCGCGAGGAGGACCGCCUACACGCGGGUCACCUACCACCGACUUGGGCAGGAAAAGAUCGCUUGUUCGUCCGGAGCGAAACCAGAUAGGUCCCGACCAUCCCAAUUACCAUUAUGCGCAGUAUGCCCAGAGCCAUAACAUGGCCACAUAUCCGUCGACAACCGGUCACGAUCCCGUUCUUGAUAACCCCGAAGAUGCCGAGACUACCGGAAGUACCGAGAGCUCUCUCAAGACAGGCUCCAAGGCGCACGCAUAUGCCCUCGAAGGAAAUCUGAACAAGCCUAUGGAACGAGUCGAGCCUGCUCCAAGCUCGCGCAACAAGAAGAAGAAGCUCUACCGAAAAGGGUCCAAAAAGCACAUCGAGUCGGAGGAGAAACGUCAACAAAAGGUUCGCGAACACGUUCCUGCCCCUAGCCCGUGGUACGCCUACUGUGUGCUCGUCACUUUCUGGGCUCCCGAUAUGGUAAUGGCGUGCAUGGGUAUGAGGAAAGCGGAACAACGUCGGGCAUGGCGUGAAAAGAUGGGCUUGAUCAGCCUGAUCCUGUUGGUAUGUACCUUUGUCGGUUUCUUGACUUUUGGAUUCACCCAGGUUGUCUGUGGUACAACAAAAACACGUAUAGCUGCUGGUCACGUCGAUUCCGGUUACAUGAUCUUUCACGGCGAGGCUUAUGACCUUUCAAAUUCAAAGCAUCCAGCUGCUUACGGAGUGCCUCAAGACUCCAAUGUCCUGUACGACUUGCCAGUGAAGUACUCCGGAAAGGACGGUAGCUUCUUGUUUCAGAAUGUCAAUGGUGCGUGUAAGGAUAUUAUCACUCUCGCCGAUGGUUCCGAUAUUCCCACCAACAGUAAAGGCGAGCUCGCCUGGUACUUCCCCUGUCAGACCUACAAUCAAGACGGAUCAGAUUACAAGACAAACGAAACUGCUACACCGUAUCUGGGAUAUAUGUGCCAUCUUUCGAGCGAAGCACGAAAUGACUUUUACUCGCUGAGCAGCUCCGGCGAUGUCUACUUUACGUGGGACGAUCUGGGAAACAAGUCUCGCAAUCUCAUCGUGUACUCGGGCGAUGUUCUCGAUCUUGACUUGCUCACUUACCUCAAUUCUAGCCAAGUGUCUUUUCCUUCAUUAUUCACGGAGAUGCAGAGCAACACUGAGAUCCGAGGUACCGACGUCACCUAUGCGUUCCAGACAUCUGAGGACAAGCGUGUCGCAAAAUGCUUGUCUCAGAUCAUUCGAGUUGGGUCGAUUGAUACCAAAACCAUCGGUUGCAUUGCAUCUCAGGUCGUGCUGUAUGUCUCGCUGGUCUUCAUUCUUUCCAUCGUCGCGGCGAGAUUUUCCAUGGCUCUGUUCUUCCACUGGUUCUUGUCCAAAAAGUACGCUGCCAAUCGUUCAUCAAUGACACUGGAUCGUCGAGCUCGUGCACAACAAAUUGAGGAUUGGACGGAGGAUAUUUAUCGCCCUGCUCCACGUCUCGCUGAUCCUCCAGUUCCUGAGAAGAUGGCGAGGAAGCGCGCAAGCUUCCUGCCAACCACGUCGCGCUUCUCCAGUCCAUAUGCAGUCGGAGGCGGCAGAGUCAAGGCUCAACCGACAACAAUGGCCAGUCAAAAUUCCUCGUCUCGUCUUGUUCCUACUGCGAAUGGCUCAAACUCGAUGUACAAAUUGAGUGGAAACAGUAGUAAUGGGUCAUUGAGCGUGGAUGCAAUCUCCCGACACAAUGCUGCCGCUGCAGAUAGCCGAACGAGUUUGAUGAUUUCGCAGUACGACCAAAGGCACUCGACUGUUGUUGGCUCAAGUGAAGGCCCCGCUGGUUUCAUCCAUGAAAAUGUUGUUCCGCAGCCACCGCCCGAAUGGCAGCCAUUUGGGUUCCCUCUGGCGCAUACUCUAUGUUUGGUCACUUGCUACUCCGAAGGUGAGGAAGGUAUUCGUUCCACUCUGGAUUCGAUUGCUUUGACGGAUUAUCCCAACAGCCACAAGACCAUCUUGGUUAUCUGUGACGGUAUCAUCAAGGGUAAAGGUGAAGAAAUGUCUACCCCUGAUUACGUGCUUGGUAUGAUGCGUGACCAUGUUAUUCCACCUGAUGAGGUUCAACCAUACUCGUAUGUAGCUGUCGCAUCCGGCUCCAAGAGACACAACAUGGCCAAGAUCUAUGCCGGAUUCUAUGACUACGGACAGACGUCCAUCAUUCCUCCCGAGAAACAGCAACGCGUCCCGAUGCUUGUCGUUGUCAAAUGCGGUACACCGGCCGAGGCAAAGGCUUCCAAACCUGGUAACCGUGGAAAACGUGAUAGUCAGAUUAUCCUUAUGUCCUUUUUGCAAAAGGUCAUGUUUGACGAGCGUAUGACUGAGCUUGAAUUUGAAAUGUUCAAUGGAUUCUGGAAUAUUACUGGCAUAUCACCUGACUACUAUGAAAUCAUCCUCAUGGUUGACGCCGAUACGAAAGUGUUCCCAGAUAGUCUUACUCACAUGGUAUCGGCGAUGGUCAAGGAUCCAGAUAUUAUGGGUCUAUGUGGUGAAACCAAGAUUGCCAACAAGACUCAGAGUUGGGUUACCAUGAUCCAGGUGUUUGAAUACUACAUUUCUCACCAUCAAUCCAAGGCUUUCGAGUCUGUCUUUGGUGGUGUCACUUGUUUGCCUGGUUGUUUCUCCAUGUACCGUAUCAAAGCGCCCAAGGGUGGCCAGAACUACUGGGUCCCUAUCUUGGCCAAUCCGGAUAUCGUUGAGCACUACUCUGAAAAUGUCGUGGACACUCUCCACAAGAAGAACUUGCUCCUGCUUGGUGAGGAUCGUUACCUGACAACUCUGAUGUUGAAAACCUUCCCCAAGCGUAAGCAGGUCUUUGUGCCUCAAGCGGUCUGCAAAACAACCGUCCCCGACAGCUUCAUGGUCCUCUUGUCCCAACGUCGUCGUUGGAUCAACAGUACCGUCCACAACCUCUUCGAGCUGUGCUUCGUGCGCGAUCUGUGCGGUACAUUCUGUUUCAGCAUGCAAUUCGUCGUCUUCAUCGACAUGAUCGGUUCUCUCGUUCUCCCCGCCGCUAUCUCAUUCACAUUCUACGUCGUCGUCAAAUCCAUCGUCUCCAAACCCGUCCAAGUCAUUCCACUGGUCCUCCUGGCUCUGAUCUUGGGUCUCCCUGGUGUUUUGAUCAUCGUCACUGCCAACAGAUGGGUCUACGUCCUCUGGAUGCUUAUUUACCUUCUCUCGCUACCUGUAUGGAACUUUGUUCUGCCGGUAUACGCAUUCUGGAAAUUCGACGACUUUAGUUGGGGAGAUACGCGAAAGACGGCUGGCGAUACCGGCAAGGGCGGCCAUGGUGAAGCCGAGGGUGAAUUUGAUAGUAGCAAGAUUACGAUGAAGCGCUGGCGCGAUUUUGAGAAAGAACGACGCCUAAACAUGAGCGCGGCCCACGGCCUACCACCACCAAACUCUAUGCCUGCAGCGGCAUACACCUACCCUGGUGGCUACGAUGCGUACUCGGACUACUAA